AUGCCUCGAGCGUCCGCGGUCACGCAGCGCGCGGUCACGUACGCGGUGGACGCGCUCCGAAUCUCCGGGCGCGCGUCGGGGGGACUCACGGCGCGCGGCGCGGCCACGGCGCCGCCCCAUCUCAGGCGCGGGUGGAUGGGCACGACGCGCGCGCCCGGGGGGGCACCCCCGACCCGUGAAUCGCGCUCCGUCGCCGCGAUGAACCCGCCCGCCGCCGCCGUCGUCGACGAACGCGGCGGCGGCUGGGUGUCCCUGGGGACGCCCCGCGCGGAGCUCGUCCUGGCGCACACCCUCCCCACCGGCCAGUCCUUCCGGUGGAGGCUGACCACGCGCGGCGAUUACGUCGGCGUGAUCGGGAAGAGGGUCGUGUCGAUGCGUCAGUGCGAAGACGACGUCCUGUACCGCGUCCACUGCCGACCCGCGGGUGAGGACGCGACGCACGACGCCGCCGCCGUCGCGGACUACUUCAACCUCUCCGUCUCGCUCGGCGCCCUCGCGACGGGGUGGGCCAAGGCGGACGCGCGGUUCGCGAAGCUGCAGCCCCACCUCCCCGGGUGCCGGAUGCUCCGGCAAGAUCCCGCCGAGUGCCUCUUCUCGUUCAUAUGCAGCUCCAACAACCACAUCUCGCGCAUACACGGCAUGGUCGAGAGGCUGUGCGCGACGUACGGGACCAAGCUGGCGGUAGACGCCGCCCUGAGCGAGGCGCGAAAGGCCACCGCCAACCCCACGGGAACCCCAAAGAAGAAGAAGAAACGCAAGGUGGUGGCCGACAACGAGACGAAGGCCGAAGACAAUGACGAUCGGGACGACGACGAGGGCGAGCCGCUCGGCGAUUUUUACUCGUUUCCCACCGUCUCCCAGCUCACGAACGCGACGGAGGCGGACCUUAGGGCGGCGGGGUUCGGGUACAGGGCCAAGUUCAUCGCCGGCGCCGUAUCGGCGUUGAACGAAAAACCAAACGGCGCCGACGCGUACCUGCGUACGCUGCGUCACGAGUGCUCGUACAAGGAGGCGCAGGCGGCGCUGGCGGAGCUGCCCGGGGUCGGGCCCAAGGUGGCGGCGUGCGCGUGCCUGUUCUCGCUGGACAAGCACGAGGCGAUUCCCGUGGACACGCACGUGUGGCACCUGGCUACGGAGCACUACUGCGCCGAACUCGCGGGCAAGUCGCUCACGCCGAGGGUGAUGGACGCGGUGGAGGAGGCGGUCGGUGAGGUGUUCGGGUCGCACGCGGGGUGGGCGCACAACACGCUUUUCAUCGCGGAGCUCGCGCACGUCAGGGCGGCGCUGCCGGAGGAGCUGAGGACGCCGCCGAGGGCCAAGGCGGAAAAAAAGACAACGCCAAAGAAGGAGUCGAACAAGGCGUCCGCCGGCGGGGCUGGGGACGCGGGAGAGGAGCUGGACGGGUUGCUCGCGAGUCCGUCGCCCGAGCGCGGGUCGUCUCGCGCGCCCAAAAAGUCCAAGGCGGCGAUCGCGGCGGACGACGCGGAGAGCGAGUACCUGUGA